UCUACGCCAGCAAUAUUAAGGGUAGUACAAUAAUAUUGUAAUACAAAUAUUGUUUACGUUACACCUAUCGUUUCGGUUCACGUUCAAAUAUUUUGGUUAUUUAAUGACAAAACAUGUCCAAAGUGCUCAUAAUAAAACAUUUACCAUCUAUGUUGAGUUUUGAAGACAAAGAACAAUUAUUAAAACAUUUUGGAGCUGAACAAGUUUGGGAAACUUCGAAGAAACGGGACUAUGUAUUUGCUUCUUUUUCUACAAUAGAAAAGGCUAAACUGUCUUUAACGCGUCUCCAUCAACUAGAAAUAGCACAAAGGCGCUUAGUUGUAGAAUAUUCCUUCGAGAAAGUACCGGUGGGACAAACUAAACAGAAAAAUGAUUCAGAUUCACGUACUACAAAUCUAAUUAAACAGUUUCUACGCGCUCUCAACGCUUGGAACCCGUCUGUAGAUUUCUACCAGCCACCACUGACCCAUAUUAAAUAUAAAUAUCCGAAAGCAACAUCUCAAAUAGUUAUCAACAUCGUCCAUGCAUUAUUUACUAAUAAGCCUUUUUAUACUCAAACUUUGCAUCUAAUGAAUAAGAUGGCACUUGAUACUCCUUUUCAAGAGACUAACGCUGCUUUAGAAUUUUUUAAAGAAACUUUUAGAGAGUAUUUUUCAUAUGAAAUGCCUGUUCUUCCUCCUAGUGAGUCAGAAUCUGAAAUAUCAAGUGAUGAAACCUGUGAAAAGCAGAAACAACCCUUACCUUUAGUGCUGAAAAGAAAACACACUUUACCGAAGACAAGAAAGAGACCUGCAGCAGUUCUUUCCACAGCAACUUUACCCAAACCAAAGAAACCUCAUGUAAUCAUAGGCCAAGAAGAAGUUUUUGAUGUUGUUACUCCAGUUGUAGAAUCAAAGAAAAUAUCCCUAGUUGUAUCACAGGAUGCACUCGCUAAGCAAACUGAGGAGCCCAAAGUUAUUGGUGAGCUUGGAAAGUUUCAGAGAGAAGAACAACAGUCAGAUGAAGUUGUAGAGACUUCUGAACCUGAAAAACCAACAAUCACUAGAAAGGAGUUGUUAAAGAAUAGAAUUUCUUACAGCGAUAUGAAAAUUUUGCCUGUCUUUAAGAACUAUCACCCUGGAGAACCAUCUAUGAGGUUGUAUAUUAAAAACCUAGCUAAAAAUGUCACAGAACAAGAUGUCAAAAGAAUAUAUAAGCGUUAUGUGGAGCACAUACCAGAGGAUGAACUUAUAGGUUUUGAUGUGAGAGUGAUGCAGGAAGGAAGAAUGAAAGGACAAGGGUUUGUUACAUUCCCGUCAGUGAGGAUAGCAGAAAAUGCAUUAAAUGAAACAAAUGGAUAUUUACUCAAAGAGAAACCUAUGGUUGUACAGUUUGCUAGGGCUGCUAAUAAAAAAUCUUGAAUUAU